AGAAAGAUACAGUUUUCGAAUGGGCAGGGCUGUCCUCUUUGAGUUGUCGUUGACAUAGAAUGUUACUUGUCUCUCGUUUCUAGAUUGCUAACCGGCUGGAAAGAUUGUCAACGAAAGAAGUCUGUUCUGUUUUCAGAAGCGGUCAUUGUCAUCUUGGAAGGAUAUUACAUCUCAAAUAAAGGUAAGAAAUUCACAAACUAAAUUAAUGUUACUUAAUUAACUAACUUGCUUUGUUGUAAUCUAGAUAGUUGAUAGAGGCCCUCUAUGACUAUUCCUUAGCCACAGACUAGCCUUGCCUUGCCUUAACGAUAAUAAUUUAUUAAUAAUAUUGGGACUAUAAACUAUAAGUGCCUAAAUUAAAUAACAUAAGUUUAAUAAGUAGUUUAAGUUGGUAUACUAUCUUAUAGGCUAUUAUAUAAGUAUUCUAACUUAGCGUCUAAGCCAGUGAAAAAAUAUCUUAUUAGCCUAUUUACCAAUAAUGUUCACGUCAAAUCCACGGUAAUGUGAAAUAUUUAAUUUAUAAUAUUAAUAUUAGUUAAUAUUAAAAUUAAAUUUAAAUCAAUCAAAUCAAUGUAUUGUAGGCCUAUUUAUAAGCUUUGCUUUAGACUUAAAUGCAUUAUGCAUUGAUAGUUGAACUCUAAAAUUUAUCAUUAAUGUUAUUUACAUCAUACAAGAUUUGUAUAAUAAAUUUGAAGUCUAGAUCUGGUAUCUGUUUUUUUAAGUUAAAUAGACAAAAGUAUAAAAAUAAAGGCAUAUUUAAUUUAUUUAAUUUGAAUUUAGGUCUGUAUCUCUUGACAUUAUAUGAUUACUCAAAAUUGUGUUGCAGGUUUAUUUAGUUUCAGAAUUUGAGUGGAGGAAUGUCGUUAAGUAGCUAAUUAUAAAAUUCAGCCAGCAAAAAAAUUAUUUAGCUCCUUUAAAGAAUCUUUGUAAAUACUUAGGCAGAUCGAUAACAGUUUAUCUUUGUCUUGCUGUUCUUAAAGCUAUGAAGCUUGACUUGUCUGCUUAGGCCCUCAAUGAUUGAGAUUAUACUACUAUCUUAGGGUCUCAAAUUAUGCAGUUCUUCCACAUGUUUUUUAAAAUGGGUCGGGUGUUAUUUUUGCAUGUCCGGUACACAUUUGAGUCAUUCUUUGCCCACUUUCUAUGAUUCAAUGUUUCUUUAGUUUUGUUCAUUUCAUUUUUAUAUGACAUUAUUUCUAUUUAGUGUCAAAUAUAGCAAUACAUCACACGCUAAGAUUAAAAAAAAAAUAUAAAAGUAAAACUGAAUAAUACCAGGCGAAAUGUACUAUUAUCCUGUAAAAGAAAUAAUUUGUGCUACAGGAAGUUUCUUUAAAAACCAAUUUAAAAAACCCUCCUCCCACUUCAAAAGCAUUAAUUUAUUUAAUGUGUAAACUUUAUUUAUUUAUAAAAUGUGUUAAUGUAGGCCUAACUGUUACAGUUAAAAAAAAUAGUAAAAUGUAUAGAAUCCAAUUAGGUAUAAACAAAAAAAAAAAAAGGGGGGAUUUUCUCAAUUUUACACCAGAUUAAGUUGUUACAAUAAUAUCUCAUGUUUAGAUGAUAUGUGAGAGGGGCGAAAUAUUAUUGUGAUUUACAGCAGUAAUUUGUUACCAAUGUAUUUUUUCAUCUUUAGAUGUGGGCUUUAAAUAGCAUCCUCCUCCUAUUGUUGGCUUUGACUUACAGUGUGGCUGGCCAGUCAUGCUCCUCAUCUUUCACUACAACUGAGUGCUACUUUACAAGUGCAGUAACAAGCCAACCUUCAUUCGCUGAAGUAAACAAAUACUUUGUAAUUGGAGGAUUGUUUGAUGUCCAUGAAAAAGGAAGCACAUCAGAUUUAUGCAGUAGUAAAGUCUCUACACAAGGCUUAUUAAAUUUGCUUGUGAGUAUGUCAGCAACUAAGUUGCUUGUUAGAUUGUGAAAUAAUGUCUUUUUUUAUUGAUUUUGCUUUGAAAGUUUGACAGAAUUUUAAGUAUAUUGUCCAAGGUCGUAAAAUAAUUUAUUUCUUUGAUAUGUGUGGAUGAUGACAGAUUGAUGUUUUCGUACCAUUAAAUCCUAAAUUAGGACAACUCAGUUUUACUACAUCUAAAAAUUGCACAAAUUUGUGGCAGUGUUUUUACUAAUAAAUUAAAUAUCUUCAAAAAGUUUUGGACUUUGACUCUUAAUAUAUUUUAAGCACCUCCCAGUAUUUAUUUCUGUGACUGUGAUGUUAAAUGUAUCUUGUAAAACACUCAAAGAUUUAGCAAUCCAGAAUUCCUUUACUUAAUUUUUUUUACUGAAUUAGGUUCCAAUGAAAUGCAGACAAUCCAUGAUUUUAAAAAAUCUUAAAAGUUGGGAUAGUCUUAUCUAUUAUUAUUUUUUCACUAACCUGGUGAAAAUUCUGAAACCAUGGGACUUUGCAAAUUUGCUAUACAUACCCUUUAUCGCCAAGGAAGACCAAAAAUUCAUUAAUAGACAAAAAAUACUUUCAAGGUUUACCAGAGCACUGUGUCUGUUUUCUAGCAAAGAUCCUUUAAAUUUUUUUUUAUUAUUAAAAACAUACCUCUCAAAUGUCUAAUGUCUCCUUCCCACGAAAUGAUCAUCAAACGCAAUUAUAUCAUGUAAACUGCUUUUCUUUUAGAUGCAUACCAUUAUAAAUAAUGAAUCCCUCCGGUUCUAGGAUAUGUAGGAACAGAGCUUUUGUUCAUGAGACUCAUGGGUUGCACUUUCAUAUCAAACUGUAUGUUAAAGGUUGCUGUGGCUUCUAGUUGAUAAAUUAAAAUAUUCGGUGAAGGUGUUUGGGAAAUUGAUUGCUGACCUUAGUCUCAACAAUUUUCUAACCAACCAUUACUUUUCAUUGCUUCAAUGAUUAAACAUGUUUUUAUUAUUAUAAAAUGACAUUUUCUCUUCCAGGCCUUCUUCUGGGGUGUUAAUCAAUUCUCCACUCUCUUAGACACCACACGAGUAUCUGUAGGUGCUGUUGCAUUUGACAACUGUAUGCGUCCUGAAUUGGUAUGUUUUUAAUAGAACCAUUUGAUCUGAAAAAUUAAAACAGAAACUCUUGAUAAUUCUUUUAGAACCAUUAAAGCAGGCUGUGUAGAUGAACUUGAAUUGUAUAUUUAUUUUGUUCAGAAUUCAAAAGUAAAAAAAAAUAAAUUUCAUGUUGAAAGUAAGUAGGCUACCUUUGCAGAAAAAGACUAUGGUACUAAUGAUAUUUUUUUGUAACCUUAACUAGGUUAAUGGAAAUAUUCAAAUUUAAAAAAACAAAUCUGUGUUCAAAUAUAAAUUAUUUAUCAAAAUAUUCAUAUUUUGUUACUCAUUUGCUAAAAAUAAUGGUGUUCAUCAUUAUUCAAUUUAACAAGCUUGUUCUUGUUUUUUUUCAAAGUCUUUGGAACAGCUUGAUUGUUAAUAGUAGUUUCUCUUUCUAACUUUGUCAGAGAUUCUUUUCAUGUUUAGCACAAAAAACACAAGCAGGACUUUAAUUAACAUGAAUUUUUUCAUUGGAAUGUGCAGUUAUUUUUAAAAGACAUGCAUAUCAAAACGCAAGUUUAAAAAUUUGUAUUAAUUUGAAUUGCAAAACAUUUUCACAUUUUUGUUUCUUUUUCUCUUACCAUUAUUUUUAUUCAGUCGCUAGAGCACUUACUGAGCUACUCUAGAUGUGAUAUACAUAUACAAGGAAUGGAAGCAUCAAACCUUGUAGCUUAUGUUGGACCUUACACAAACGAAGAUGCAUUGAGAACAGGAGCGAUAGCCUCGGACAUUGGAAUAACACUAAUUAGCCCAACAGCUAAUACCAUGGGUUAGAAAUGAAGUGCAGUUUCCUUUUAUUUAUUCAAAGUUUCAUAAAUCUUACACAACCCUAUUUAAUUAAAAUAUCUGAUAAAGUUUUUAAAUUAAACAACACAAAAAAGAAAUAAAAUAAGAUAAGCUCUGGUACUUUUGGGUAUAUUUUUCUAUAACAGAGCAUUAUGACAUAAAAUUUUCAAGUAACAUUGUAAUUCUUUUUUAAUGCACAGAACUGAAUUCUGCAAACCAAAAGACGCUCCUUCGACUUAGUCCUCCAUUCUCAUACGAUUUGAAAGCAAUUGUGGAGUUUCUUAAAAAUGUCAAGUCUGGCUAUGUUAUGAUUGUUUAUGCCGGGGAUGAUGCCUUCUGGAAAGCUGCUUUCAAUGAACUGACCACUCAAAUGGACAAAAGCAUCUGUAUCCAAUUCACUGCAGACCUUAGUAAAACUACUGUGAGUUAAACUGGAAGAUCUAAAUAAAUUAAAAAAAGAGAACAUUACUGUAUUAAUCUGAACAUUUUAUUUAAAACCUGUCUACCAAAACCAUAGGAUAACAUUUUGCCCUUAGGGUGGCAAGGGGGUAUCAUUGUGAUCUGCAGUAGGAAAUCCAUUCCGAAACAUCUCAGGGUGCUGCUUCGCUGAAUAUGGGGCGGGGAGGGAUUUAGUGUUCCCAAGGGGCCUAAUUAGUGCUUCGGCUUGUGCUGCUUGCAUCAUUCAUCAUGAAUGAUUUUCAGUUACAGAUUGAGUGAUUUUUGACAAACAAAAUUCAUAGGUCAUUAAUUAUGUCAUAUUUUGAAAAAAUGCAUGUGGUUUGGAUUUAUUCUUUUAACUACGAAGUUCAAAUAAAUUUUUUUAAUUAAUUUAGUUAAUCAAAUAUGUCUGAAAGAAUUACCAAAAAUGUUAUAUUUUUAUUCAAAACUUGAAGUUACUAUUUUUGUGUUUUUGUUUUUCCUCUUUGCCUUCAUUUUUGAUACUUGAGUAAACAGCAAUAACUCUGAAAUUUUACUUAAAUUGAGCUAUCACUUAGACAGACCCAGCAACCUAAGCUGUCCCCACUUGUUCUACCCCAUCCCACCUUAAUGUCUAUAAUACUCUUCCCCAUCAUCCUACUUUACAUCUCCUACUCAGUCUACCCUACCUUAUCCCUUUCUUUUCAGGACCUAGUCCCCCUGACCCUCACUUUCUUAAACCCAACCCAGACCCCUAGCCUCUCCAGCCGAAACCUUCUUUCCCCAUCACCCAUCCUUGCCCUUCCCUUCACAAUCAUUCUCUUUCUCUGGCUCUAAUCUCACCUUUUCACUUAUAACUUUUCCCAACAUCUGCCCCUCAAUCUACCCACUAGACUCAUUCCCCGUUUCCAUUACCUUAAACCACUACUUAGCCAUUAACCUUUAUACUGUGCUUCUUAAUUCACCUGCCCCCACCGUCCACCUCUCCCUACACCCCCUUAACUCAACCGAUGUUCUAUCACGACCUCCACUGUAACAUAAUCUCACCUCAUCUUUCCCAUAUCCUGUAAAUUGAGUCCCCUGGUACUCUUCUCUGCCAACCAAUAAUUAUCCAGAGAAGGGCUGGACCAAAUCUGGAUCUCCAAAAAAAUGCCAUGGAUCAGAGCACUUCCUUCCUCAAAAAACUCACCUGCACCAAAGCAUGUUUGUGUGGAAAGUCUAAUCCACUUCCGAAAUUGAUACAAAGUUGAAAUGGCUUCAGUUUUAAAAAAACAACAGCAGCAACUUCUAAAAUUAGAACACCACAUUUCAACAUGGGAAAAUCAAAGUGACAGCAUAGUAGAGACAUUCUAACAGUACAGUUCUCUAAAAAAAAAAUUCUAACAAAGAACUAAAAUCUGAACACAACAAAUUGUACAAUCAGUUGAAUUUCUCUUCCAGAUGAAUCAGCUUGUUAAUGACCUUGCAGUCCGUUUAAAGUCCAAAUACAUUGUUCCACUGAUGUCUCAAUCCAGUCUGGAUGAGCUGAUGACUAAUAUUUUCAAUAGAAGUGAUGUUUCUUCCAAAUUUGUUUUCAUUUUGAACUCAGUGAUUGGUCGAGAUUUGUAAGUAUUUGUUUCAAUUUUAAUGUGCUUUUUCAUAAAAUGCUGUAUUGAGUCGAAUUACCUGAUAUAAAAGUAAUAUAAUGAAAUACAUUUUUAUGUUCUAUAAGAAAUUUCAGUGCUUUCUAUGCGUCUGGAAUGAGAAUUCAUUAUGAGAAGUUGACAGGCAUGCAAAUAAAAAGCAAAUGCCAAGGCAAAGGGCACUGUGUAAUUUUAACCCAGUUAAGAAUAUAGUUUAUUCGAGACUUUUCAAUAAUAUUGAAUUUUUUUUUUGUCUCUAAAAUAUUAAAUGUAAUAAUCCUCUUUUCGUUUCUUUAGGCAGUUUCUUAAAUCUAAGAGUUAUGUGGCCAGUAAUGCUAUCAUCAUUGACCAAUAUGAUGACCCCACUUCAGCAGAUUGGAGUAGCUUUAGCAAUUACAUUGAUAGUGUACGCAGUAAUAUCUCUUUUGCCAAGAAUAUUCCAAGCACUUGGCUAGCUUCUUCCAAGUAAGAAACACCUAAGAUUGAAAUUAUAUGCUUUGGAUAGGUUUAAUAGUUGUUUAUAUAAGUUUUUUCCAAAUUCUGAUAUUGCCUUUUUAUGAAAUACAGUGGAACAUCAGAUAACAAACUUAAUCUGUUCCGAGUGGUGACGUGGCUUACAGUUUAAAUAAAAUCACAAUAAAACAAUCGGGUCUGAGAACUAUAGCUUUUUAAUGUAAAGUACAAUCCCUUGACAGAGCUGACAGGAAAAUCUCUCACACCGCCGACCUGACGCAUCCGUUCCACAUUACAAUCUCAAAAAAAAUGUACACACCUCAAGUCCCAGUUCACCCCCCCUCCACACACACAGUCGUCACAGGGAACCCGCUUCCCGAACUGACCAUUUUCAAAGAUAAAAUUUAGGAACCCUAGGUUUAUUCAAUUCAUUCAUUUGUGACAUUCAUUUUAAUUUAUCACUAUCAUGCUGAUAAAUGUUGUCACAGGCAAAGGUGACUGGUAUUAUGAAAAAUAAAACGCUAAGGAAUGGUAACAUUUCCAAUAGUAUUUUUGUUUUAAAUUUUAGAAAAAAUAAAAUUAGGGAACCUUAGGCUUAUUGAAUUCAUCAUUAUCAUGCUAAUAAACAUUGUCAUUGACAAAAUAAAAAUAUUCCCCAAAAUUAGUCAUGUGUAUGGAAAUAAAUGUUAAAAAAGAAUAAUGAAACCUUUAGUGAUAUUAAAAAAAUAUAAUUAUUUAUUUCAAUUUUGUAUAAUUAGGCAUAAAAUAGUCUUUACUUUAAAUCAUAAGCCUAUACACUCAUGUGCAUGCAUCACUGUUUCCUAUAAUAAUUAUGUAGUAGGUCAGCUGUAUUAUCAUACUAAAUGUAAAUCAAUAUUAGUUCAACUUUUGUUUAAUCAGGGUCAAAUCUAAAAUUAGCUCAUAAAUGAUAAUUUAGGAUAAAUGAAGAAUUUAAAUGUUGACCAAUAAGUAUGCAUGUUUUCAACAAAAAUGUAUGGUUCAACUUAAACAAGACUUCCUGAAGGCUUAUGCCUGAAUAAUUUCGUGGGCCACACUAGUAAAAAGAUACAUAGGCUUAGCUUUUGAUCAAUACUAAAUGUGUCUAAGAAGCAUUGUUAUAUUAUGAAAACAAAGGGAGCCCAGGGGUCUACUUUGUAUGAAUUCCCCCCCACCCCCACCCGCAAGUCAAAAUUUUCUAUUACCGUACUAUAUUAAAAAACAUUUUUAAAAACUUAAAAUUACUUUUUAUUCAAAUGGUAAAAGCCAAAGUAUUCAUUAGAAGUUUAUCUGCUCUAAUUCAAGAUAAUCUCAUUUUUGAUAAAAAGUAAAUAAAUAUCAAUACUUUCCCCCCUCAUUUUUUGAUGUACACAGUGUCCAGAACUAGUUUUGAAAUAACUAAAUCUUUCUGUUUUGGCCGAAAUUCAAUUUUAACUUUCAGGUUGGUUUUGGUUUUGACGAAAAUCAGAAAAUUACAUACUUCGUUAAGACAGUCACUCCUUUAGCCACAUCUGUGGCCUUUAUUACCUCUUUGUUCUUUAAAAUAGUACAAACUGUUGAUUUUACCUCAUUCUAUGGCUUGGCGUUGUCAGAAACACAAAGGCCAGCAUCAUGUUAUAAUAUAAUUUCUUUCUUUAAUUUUACACGAACACUAUUCCAAUAAAUAAAACUUUUCUUUUCAGUUUUAGGCUCCAUAAUGAGUGCUAAAAAAAAACAAAAAAGGAGUGUUUUUGACAAACAAUGUUUUUUGGAAACACGCUAAAGCUCUAAUGAGCCAGUGGGAUUGUGUGUACAAAAGUAUACGUAUGUUCAUUACCCGAAUAAUGGUUUGCUCACCAAGACGAGAAUUGUUCACCAAACUUUUUUGUUAAUUGGGUUGUUUGUUAUACGUGUUUCCACUGUAUAUCUAUUUCUCCAAUUUUGUGAAAUGGCCAUAUCUCUGCCUAUUUUAAGAUAUUGGUAAAAUAUAGAUUACUAAAUCAAGUCAAUUUUUAAAAAAAAAAAUGACUUUAAAAAUUUCUAAAGUUCUAUAUUUUUUUAAUUGUUUUUUUUUAAAAAUGUGUAACUUUUAUGAACUAACUUUUUUGUUUAUAUUGCCAUGCUUAACAAUCCAGUUUUUUUGUAUCUUAUCACAUAGUGCAGAUUAACAAAUUAUUAAUGUAAUAACCCAUAGUACAGAUUAGUAAAUCUUUUUUGUCCAAUAAACAAAACAUAGAAUAAGAAAAUAAAUUCAUUUUGUUAAAUCAGAAUGAUCAUCACCAUUGAUAGAAUAAGAAAAUAAAGACAUUUUGUUAGACUGAUCAGACUGAUCUUCACCAUUGAUAGAAUAAGAAAAUAAGUACAUUUUGUUAGACUGAUCAGACUGAUUGUCACCAUUGAUAGAAUAAGAAAAUAAGUACGUUUUGUUAGACUGAUCAGACUGAUUGUCACCAUUGAUAUAAUAAGAAAAUCAGGACAUUUUGUUAAAUAAGACGACUGAUUACCAUUGAUAGAAUAAGAAAAUAAAUACAUAUUGUUAAAUUAGACUGAUUGUCACCAUUGAUAGAAUAAGAAAAUAAAGACAUUUUAUUAAAUCAGACGGAUCUUUGCCAUUGAUAGCUAGGUUAAAUAGUUUUUAAAAUUGAUUCCAGCCUGCCAAACCUGACUGCAAUUUCAUCAACUAUGAAACGCAGUAUCACAAGGACUCUGUUUAGUGUGAAGAAUGUCAUAAAGGUAUGAUACAGAAAAUAACAUUGUGUAUGCUUAAAUACAUUGUAUGAUAAAAAAACAACUCAAAUAUUCUCUCUAGAAAUCUGAAGAGAUAAUGGAUAAAAAUGGUUGAUUGAAACUGCGUUGAAGUCAUGUGAAGGGACUUUAAAUAAGUAUGGAAGUUUAUAAUUUUAUAUUUUAAGUUUCAAUGUAAUAUUCCAUAAAGAAAUUAAUAUUUGGAUUUUUUAAAAACAAAAACAACAAAAAAUUAAUGCCAUUAAUAAAUUACCUUUUGUUGUCUUUAGGGUUUAGAUACCCUGAUGAGAGCUGGCUGUGCCACAGGUACCAACUACCAAUUUUGUGAUGCUUAUCGUAGCCAGAACUCCAAAAAAGACUCGAUAUAUCCUGGGAUAAAGAAUGCCUUCAAUAUGUUUACGGACCUUGGCGAAUUAAGUUACCAAAAUAUUAACUAUACGUACUACCAGUUUUUAAACAGAAAUGAUGGUGGUCAAAUACAACCAGUAGGUAUUUUUCUGUUAUCUUUACAUGUUAUAAAUAGAGUUAAUACAUAAAUUGAAUUCUGUUUUAGGUUUUAGGUACGCAAAAUGAAUAAGAUAAAUAUUUUCUGUGUAAAUAUAUACAUUUUAUUUUUAAAAUACCUGUUACUCAUCCUAAAUUUUCCAGAUUUUAAGAAUUUCAUUUAAAAAUCAAUUUCAAAUAGAUCAAUUGAACACUGAACAUUUUUUCUGUUACAGAUUGGCUCUUUUAGUUUUAAUAACCAGGGUGUACUAACGCCUACUUUCACUGAAAAUCUUAUGGAUGUCAAAUAUGAAAAUGCUUACAGUGGGCCUGUUUGCCCAUUGCCUUAUCAGAACCUGUGCUGUGAGGUACCAACCACUAUUGCUCCCCCAACCACUACACCUAUAGUUGCUACUGGUACAACUGCUGCCGUUACUGGAAGCAAUGGAAAAUCAAGUGUAACGUGAGUUUAAUUAAUCUCCUCUCAACAAUACCAACAGCUUUUAUUUUUUAAAUAGGCUCCAAUGACUAUUUACCUGUUGAUGUUUUAUAUGCAGUGUUUAACUCAAAUUUCCUAGCACACUGCAUUCAGAUUUCUCUAUAAUCGCCUUCUCAACCCUUGUUAGUUUAAUGCUUUUUUCAAGGCCCCUACUAUAUCUUGCAUGUGAUUUUAAAAAUCAACUGCAAUUUUUUUUUUGAGAACCAUCCUCUUUUCUUGUUUUCAAGCUCUUGAGAUGUUUAUUUGCAAGGCUAGAAAGGAAACUAUUGAAACAAAAUGAUGUAUAAUCUAUUGACAUUAAUACAGAAAAGGAUAUUUAUGUUCAUAUAUGGCUGAAGAUGACUCUGAAUUGGCUCUAAAUUCUAAAUAAAUUCUUCUUCUUCUAUAAAUUAAGGGUCCACGAUCAAUUUAUUGAUAAUUUUGGCUCCUAUGCAUGUAGAGGGGAUUUGCAAUGUUUCUGUGCCUGGUGUUGAUGAGGACAUUUCACUGAUUUCCAGUGCCACUUUGUGAGGGAAUUAUGCGCUGGGGGUUUGAAGGUUUGAGGCAAUAGACACAAAUGAGUCUAGUGUUGUCGCCUCAACUGUUUCAUUUGAAAGCUUGUUCCAGUCCCUGAUUGUCUUGGGCAGGAAUGAGCAGCUCCUAUACUGGCUUCUUGCUGGUAUGAGCCUGAAUUUCCUGUCAUGGCCUUGUCGCUGUCUAUGGGGGAGAGGGACGAGUUUCUGUUUAAUACUGGAACAGUGGACCAGCCCAUUAUUUAUCUUGUACAUCAUGGAGAGCCUGGAUUGUCGUCGUCGUUCCUCCAAUGGUGACCAGCCUAGUGUUUCUAGCAUGCUGCCAACACUAGAGGUAUUCCUAGAGCGGUUCAGGACAAAGCAUGCUGCCCGUCGCUGGACCGCCUCCAACCUGUCAAUGCUCUUCUGGGUAAAUGGGUCCCAGAUUGAAGAUGUAUAAUCUAAAACUGGACGGACAAAGGCUUAUAUGCUCUUUCUUUCACACAGGAGUUUCCAAUCUUUAGAUUACGCCUUAAGAACCCCAGGGUCUUGUUUGCUUGGUUACAUACAUUGUUAAUAUGCUCAUCCCAGCGGACCUCUCUUUGAAUGGUAACACCCAGGUACUUUACAGAAGAAACCGGGUCAAGCAUAUGGCCGUGCAGUUCAUAUUGGUAGUGUAGAGGAGUACAAAUUCUUAAUCUAUGGUAGUUGAUGCCUAAGGUGACAAUCGACUUAAUGAAUUGUGAAAAUAUACUGAUAUUUAAAGCAUUCCCUACAGUUGGUUCUAUAAAUAACCUAAUUUUUGUAUAUCAAUUAUUAAAUUAUAAAUUUUUAUACUUAUAAAAAAAUGAAACUAAGAUAACAUUCCAUUUUUUUAUUAUUAAUUUUAUGCAGAUGUGUGGUUGAUGUUAAAAUGGGUUUGUUUAUCUGGAAAGGGUUAUAUGAUUAGAUCUAAUCUUAAGAGUUGAGCUUCAUGUAAAUUUUACACAGGGUCUUACUAAUUUUCUUAGAAAGUUUGCUCUAAAAAAAAAUGGAAUUGAACCCUUUUAGAGUCUUUGAACAGUUUGAAGAAAAAAUAAUUCUUUCAGGUAUCAUUGUUGAUUAACAGAUUCUCAUCUUAUUUUUACCAUUUGGCUACUUUUUGCUUUCAGAAAGGUAGAAUAUCCCACAGAGCAGGCCAUCACUGGGGCAUUUUCGGACCAGUCUCGUGACAGUAAGGAGUAUGGUACAAGGUUUGACCUGGGUCAUAAAUGGAUUAUUGCCCUUGGUGUUCUUGCUGGUAUGGUUCUUUUCUGUUUGAAAUUUUAAAAAACAAACAUUUAAUACUAACCUUUAAUAAAUGAGCAAAACCUUUAAGGCAGUGGUCUUCAAAUAGGCAUGCGGCUCUUUAACAACCUGACUGCCGCUGGGUCAGUCGGCCACAAAUUAGUUUUAACUCCAAAAAACAUGGUUCUUGACAGGUUUUUGAAAAUAAAUUUGGCUCUCAAAAAUUUUUUAACCGUCCUGUUGCUGAUAUUUGGCUCUUGACUGACAAGUUUGCUGACCAUUGCUUUAAGGUAUAGGAUUAAGCCAACAUUGUCAAAUGCAAGGUGUCUGUUUUUUCAUUCAAAAAGAAAGUGAAAUCAGUACUUUCACAGUCAUAAACAAAAUAUGAUGCAUGUUUUCAUGAGACUUUUAAGAUAGUCUAGAAAUAAAUUUAAUUAUAGUUAAAAGCUUGCAUACUCCAAGCUUACUUCAUUUUAAUUAAUAUGCAUGCAGCUUGUUUAUUUUAGUUAUGACCACCAUGGCAUAACAUAUGCCUUGCCCUCUAUCUCAGACAUAAAUACCAUCCUUCAGCCCAGGGUCAGUACCUGUAAACUUGACAUCGUGACCUGUCAUUACAGCCUCUUAUGUCACAAUAGUUAGCAGAUAGUUGACACUAGGCAAGAAGUGCUAUAAUGGUUGCGUAAACACACAUGACAAUUGGACGAAAUACAUUGUUUAAAUGUAGCCCUGCAAAGCUUAAUUAAAAAGCAGUGAAAUAUUGUGACCAUGCCAGGACCACUUUAUAUAUAUAUAUAUAUAUAUAUAUAACUGUCAGAGAUAUUAAUAUUCAUCUUGAAUAUUAAAGUGUUUGGAAGCUGCUUUAUCAAAUUAUUUAUUUUUCAUUGUGAAGGACUCGGGAUUCUCUGUGUCAUUAUUUUUGAGAUCUACAUAUUAUACAAGCUGCUUGGCACCAGCAUGGGCAGGCAGUGGAGGACAAUGUGGCUGGGACAGCUUUUGCUCUUUGGGCUGUUCCUCUGUUAUCUUGUGCUGUUUGCUUACCUUCCAAUUCCAACCAAGGUGAAUCAUAGAAUUGAUCUUUAGAUUUCUUUCAUUGAGUUUAUUUAAAUUUAACAUCCAAGUUCCAUUACUUUGGUUUUUUAUUAAUUAGUCGAUUUAUUAAAUUUGUAUGUUUCUGAUCUUAAUGAAUUUUUCAUUACUACAUAUUUACCUACUAAUUUCUAUACAUAAUUUUUGCCCUUAAGGCGAUUUUUACUGUAACUUGAAAUCAUUCCCUAAAAGUGAGCUCUUGCACUAAAUACUAUAGUAAAUUUAUAUUCUGUCUCCCAUCUAACUGUACUCUACUGAAAUAAAAUAGAAAUUAGACUUAAGUGGAAGGUCUAUUCAUCGUGUUACUUAAAGAGAGAGAGAGUUUCUUUCUUUUCUUUUUUUUUUUUGCUUUCCUUUUUAAAAAUAAUUUUAUUUCACUAACUGUUAACACAUCUUUUCUUUUAAGGCCACUUAAAAAACCACAGUCCAGUGCAUCUCUACCUCAAAUUAUGUUUUUAAUUCUACAUUUUCUGCAUAUGUUUUUGGAUUUCAAUAUCAUGUUUGUGAAUAUUUCAGGCCACCUGUGGUAUCACCAGGUUUGGGGUGGGUGUGUCGUAUGCUUUCUGCUUUGCUGUCCUUUUGGUCAAGCUGAUGGUUAUCCUGACUUCUAAAUCAUCAGAUCUCAUUCUGCCUGGAGAGUUGGCAUCUCCAAAUUACCUGAAGGGAAUCUACCAGUUUCUCUUGUUCAUUUUUGCUGUUGGUGUCCAGGUAUAUCUUAUUUUUGUUAUAUGGGGCCAUUCACACAUGUUUAGGCAGAUAAAAGGACAAAAUUAAAAGUUUAGAGCUAAACACAUUUGAUAAUUUAAUAGGCUGCAAAAAUAUAUUUUUCAACUUCUAACAAUUUAAUUUUUUUAUUUUUUUAAAAUCAAAUAUAAAUUUUCAGUUAGGAGCAGAUUUUUAUAAAUAAUUAUUUGAAUUAAAUGAUGAUUGUAAAUUUAAUUUCACAUGCAAAAUUGACCUUUGUGGUGUUGGUGGGAUUACCUCAAUGUGAAAUAAGAUUACCUACCACAGUCAGUUGUAGGAGGCGUAAGUGUGUGUGUUGAUUGUGGAAUUUCAGGUGAACUCUAGGUGCAUAAACAUAUUUUAUAAUGAGCAGCUAAAUCAAAAUCAUUAAAUAUUGAACAUAAUCUGUUUGCACUCUCCAAUUAUAUUUCAGAUUGUCAUUGAUAUUCAGUGGCUGAUCACUGUUCCACCCGAAGCCAUCAAAGUCACAUCCAAUAACAAAGAUCAUGUCUGGAUAUGUAACCACUACACUUGGGAGGCGGGGAGUGGCCCAUUUGACAUGAAAUCCUUUGUUCGCACCAACUUUGACAACCAUUUGAUGUCGCUGAUCUACAUCAUGGUGAUGAUCCUUAUCACAACCAUCCUUUCCCUCAAUGCUCAUGGCAUCAUCACCAACCACAGAGAGAGCAUCUUCAUUGGCAUUGCCGCUGGAUUUAGGUAUGGCUCUCAAGAAACUAGUACUUAAUGUUUACUCUUUCCUUUCUUUACAGAACAAAGAUAUUUCACAUACAUUGUUUAUAAAAAGUUUAUGAAACAAAUUAAACAACAGAAGUUAGUUUUUGGAAGAAAGUCUUUAUUUCUUUUUAAGUAUAGGCUAUUAUUUUAUCGUUUUAUUUACAUAGAUAAACAAAUAAAUCACUGGUCUUUAAAAAUUUUUUUUUUUUAAUGCCAAAAUUAUGGCUAAAUUACCAUAUUUAGAAGAAAAAAAAUUGUACUUUUAUAUUAUUUUUUCUCCUCAUACAUUUGACAGUACAAAAUGAAAUAAAAAUAUACUUUCCUGAUAAAAUGUUCGUAAACCUUAGUUAUCCUGUUACAAUACACCUUUUAUAAGUAUCUAUUUAAAAAUUGUUAUGUGACAUUUCCUACCAGUAUUCCUAUAUGGUUAGCCUGGGGCCUUGUUGGAGGUUUGAACAAGGACCACGAAUAUUCAGAAGAGUUUGGAGAUGCUUGCGUUGCUUUUGGACUUCUCAUCACAGCUACUCUCAUACUCUUCUCUAUGUUUUUGCCAAAGGUAAGCAUGGCUUUACUACUAUUUUCAUUUUAGUUUUUUGUAUUGUAGAGAUAAAACUAUAAAUAAUACUAGGAAACUAAAUUAGGGACAUGCUAGUUAGAAGCCACCUCCCUGCUAUUAAAGCACAUAAAGGCACAAAAAGUUGCAACCGUAGCCGUUGUAACUCAUGUCCCUACGUGAUCGAAACUGAUAAGAUCACUUUCCCUCUGGAAGUAUUCAGAACAAAAGAUGGCUUUACCUGCAACGUGAUUGACACCAUCAUUUGCAAAAAGUGCGGUAAAUUAUACAUAGGAGAGACAGGUCAUCACCUUUGGGACUGGUUCAGAGAACACCUCUAUAACAUAAAUAAACAAGCUCUCUGUCCGGUCUCCAAACAUUUCAAUAGCCCUAACCCUGAUGGUAUCUCAGACAUCGCAGUUACUGGUAUACUCUAUAUUAGUAACACUACAGAUAGAAUCUAUAUGGGAAAAAAUUAAUAACAGGAUUUGGUACGUUGUCUCCAUAUGUCUAGAAGUUGUACUCCUCUACACUACCAAUACGAACUGCACAGCCAUAUACUUGAGCAAGUUUCCUCCGUAAAGUACCUGGGUGUUACCAUUCAAAGAGAGGUCCGCUGGGACAAGCAUAUGAACAAUGUAUGUAACCAAGCAAACAAGACCCUGGGGUUCUUAAAGCGAAAUCUAAAGAUUGGCAACUCCUGUUUGAAAGAAAGAGCAUAUAAAGCCUCUAUCCGUCCGAUUUUAGAUUAUACAUCUUCAGUCUGGGACCCAUUUACCCACAAGAGCAUUGACAGGUUGGAGGCGGUCCAGCGACGAGCAGCACACUUUGUCCUAAAAUGCUACAGGAAUACCUCUAGUGUUGGCAGCAUGCUAGAAACACUAGGCUGGUCACCAUUGGAGAAACGACGACGACAAUCCAGGCUCUCCAUGAUGUACAAGAUAAAUAAUGGGUUGCUCCACUGUUUCAGUAUUAAACAGAAAUUCGUCCCUCUCCCCCAUAGACAGCGACGAGGCCAUGACAGGCGAUUCAGGCUCAUACCAUCAAGACGCGAGUAUAGGAGCUGCUCAUUCCUGCCCAAGACAAUCAGGAACAAUCUUUCAAAAGGAACGGUUGAGGCGACAACACUAGACACAUUUGUGUCUAUUGCCUCAAGCCUUCAAACCCCUAGUGCAUGAUUUCCUCAUCAACACCAGUAACAGAAACAUUGCACAUCCCAUCUACAUGCAUAGGAGCCAAAAUGAUCAAUAAAUUGAUCGUGGGCCCUUAAGAUAUAGAAGAACAAGAAUGAACCAAAUCCACAAUUUUACCUAGCGGCCAUGUCUUUUUCCUAUUUGGUUUUUCCAAUUAUGUUCAAAUCACUUCCUUUCUACUCCUCUUUACUUUGUCUCUGUCUGGUUUUAGCGCCCUCUCCUAUUUUUUUCUGUUUUAGGUAGGAUAUGUAUAUUGAUAUUAUGUAAAUUUAAUUUAUACUUAUUUAAAUGUGUUUUUUUGUUUGUACUGAUGAAGGAAUGAUAUGUGCUGAAACGUUUACUUGUGUAUAAUGUAUAAUUAUUAUUAAAGCGUAACUUAUAUUUUUAUAUUGACACAAUUUGUUUGUGUCUUAUUAAUCUAGGAAACUAAAGAGUGUUUACAUAGUUAAUUAUGUGAUUUCUCUGUUUUAACUUCUGUUAAUGAACUUAAAGAUUACUUCUACUCACGAUCUGAGAUUUACAAGUGCUAAAUAAUACUUCUUUGUUCACUCUAAUUUCCUAAACUUUAUGUAAGUAGCACCAAUACAUAUGGUGAACAGUCACAGUCACAAUGAGCCUGAUGUUUUUAACGAAUCUAUUUCAGGUACGCCAGCUGGUGAAUAUGGGAGUAGAAGGUAUUUACCUUGAAGAUGACCGUGAAACCAUCUAUGGCGGUUCUGUUAUUAUGGCGCCUUCCAGCUACCAUGGUGGGAAAGGCCCCUCUUCCGUCAUAUUUGUCAACAAUUCUGGAAUCUACUCAGAACCAGUUAUGCUUGGGAACGGUGAUCCCAGUAAGCCUGGCGGUCGGUGUAUUUACUGUCCUAAUUUUUUUUCUUCACUUCUUUCACUGCUUCCCUAGAUGUGCACUUUAACUCAUUCCAGACGGUCGCAACUAAAUGCGCCCUUGUGGGUUUUGACGGAUGCGUCCAGAAGUGCUUAGCACACGCAUUUCUCAUUAUUAUUUAACAAUAGCGAAGAGAUCUAAAGUCGAGAGACUUCCGGUGAUGGCGUGAUUCUACAUGAUUUCAAUUUUUUUAAAAAGGGACGUUUUUAUCUUGUUUCACUUUUCAAUCUAUGUGCUUUAGUGCUGUGUAUUUAUAUCUAGCUUGUGUUCAUCCGAGGUGCUAAAAAUUGAUUUUUUGUUUAUUGCUCAUACAUUUUUUACCUGUUAUUAUAUAUUUUGUUAAAUGUAAUUCAUUUCCAGAUCCAUUUAUCCUGCUUAAUUAAUUAAUAUUAAUUAAUAUUUAGCAGCUAAAAAAAAUAAUUUACAAAUGUAAAUCAGUUGCAAAACAGAGUUACUUCCCUUCGUUCUGGAAUAUAAAUUAAGUAAGGAAGUAGUUCUGCCAUCAGGAAUAAGUUAAACACAGAAGCUUAUUAACCCUUUACUAUUAUCAUGCCAUUGCGAGUAUGAUUUGAAAUCUCACAAUUCUUAUGGUUGACCUAAUAUUUAAACAGAGGAAAAAUUCAAGAAAAGAAUCCUUAGAGAUGUGCACAGAUCUUAUAUAAACUAUUAAUAAAUUAAUUGAAAAAAAGAUUUGUGGUAAAUCCUAUUUUUCCACAAAGGUUUGUUCAUGAAGUGAUUUGACACCUUCACGUUCAUCAUCAUCAGUGGCACUACAGCCCAUGUAGGGCCCUGGCCUGCUCCACCACAUCCUUCCACUCGGAGCGAUCCAUGGCUUUCCGUCUCCAUGCUCGAACCCCCAACUGGUGUAAAUCUGUCUCCACAUCAUGAAUCCACCUCAUCCUUGGGCGACCGAUGAGUCGUAUGCCCCUAGGCUUCUGCCUGUAUAUAAUUUUGGCUGCUCUGCAUUCCGGCAUCCUUUCAACAUGACUUGACAGCGUAUUCUGCCUUUUUUAUCAUUGUGACUAUGGGUGGUUCUUUGUACAAAUUGUAAAGUUCUUGGUUUAUACGUAUUCUCCAGAUAUCAUUUUCUAUCACUGGUCCGUAUAUUUUGAGGAGGAUUUUCCUCUCCCAUUCUCCCCUGUGUUGAGCAGGUUCUCUGGUUUUCUGGUGAGGGUCCAGGUCUCACUAGCGUACGUUACUACAGGUCUUAUGAUGGUGGUGUAUAUUGUCUUCUUUGUUCCCCUUGAUAGGUUUUUGUUUCCCAGUAGCUUUUGUAGACUGAAAUAGGAACAGGUGACUGCUGUUAUCCUUUCUUUCACCUCUGACAUUAUCUCAUUGUGCUCGCUUAUAGUUGGCCCUAGAUAUUUGAAUGUAGCCACUCUCUCAAAUUUGUGGUUGUUUAUAUUGAUGUUAUUAUCAGCAUGGAAGUUUCUUGACAUUAUCAUAUAUUUUGUCUUUGGUUCAUUUAUAUCAAGGCCAGCUUUGAAUGAGGCAUUUUCAAGUUCCCUGAAUGCUUUAAUUAUGUCAUUACGGUUUCUACCCAGUAGUGCUAUAUCGUCUGCAUAUGCCAGGUACUGCAAUGGUUGGCUAUGUAAGGUUCCUGAUGGUUUUAUUCUGUAUUAUCUCUCUGGAAGUAGUUUGUUAUGGUUCCACUGGUGCUAAUGUGUAUGCUUCUAAUAACUUUUUCUAGCAUGAUGUUAAACAGGAUACAUGAUAGUGAGUCUCCUUGUCUGAGGCCCCGAUUAACUGGGAACUCCCUAGAGUAUUCUCCCUGUACCUUGAUUCUACUUUUGGAGUUGGCCAUUGUCAUAUGUAUGAGCCGAGUAAGCUUGUUAGGGACUCCAAGUCCUUUUAGAGCAUUGUAUAAGUAAUUCCUGUUUAUGCUAUCGUAUGCUGUUUUGUAAUCCACAUAUAGUUGGUGUUUGUCGAUGUUAUAUUCGUAGCAUUUCUCCAGGAGACAUCUUAUAGUAAAAAUAUGAUCUGUGGUUGACCUAUUCUGCUGGAAUCCACAUUGAUAGUCCCCUAGGAUCUGUUCACUAUACUUUUCCAAUUUUCUCGCUAUAAGUUUUGUGAGGAUUUUGUACAUUAAGAAGGGAGAUACCUCUAUAGUUUGAGCAGAUCAACUUAGAUCCUUUUUUGUGGAUUGGGAUUAUGAGUGCCGUGUCCCAUUCAGUUGGUAUUUCUUCCUCCUGCCAGAUUCUGGCUAUAAGUUCGUGUAUUUGCUUGUGCAGUUCGUUACCACCUAGCUUUAUGAGUUCUGCAGGGAUAAGGUCUAUUCCUGGGGCUUUGUUAUUUUUCAUGGUGGAGAUUACAUCUUUUAUUUCAUUUAAUGUUGGUUGGUUGACCAGUGGGUCCGGUCCUCCUUGUGGCAGGGCGUAAUCCACAUUGGUUCCUCCACCUGAGCCAUUUAGUAGGCCUUCAAAGUGUUGUGCCCAUCUCUCUAGUACUCUACUGCUCUCUGUGAUCAAUUCUCCAUCUGUGCUUUCACACAUGUGGGAUCUUGCUUGAAAGCCAUUCUUUUCCUGCUUUAUCUUCAGGUACAUUCCCCUCACAUCUCUUUCUUUUGCCAACUCUUCUAUCUCUACUAUUUUUUAUUUUUCCCAAACACGUUUUUUCUUUCUGCAAAUUUUGCUGGCCACCCUUCUGGCUUCAUUAUAUAAUUGUUGUGUUAUUCUUGUUUCCCUUGCAGCAUCAUUAGCCGAGCUUUGUUUCUUUGUUCUAUAAGUUCUUUGCAUUCUGCGUCAUACCAUCCUGUUCUUUUCACUGCUGGUUUAAAUCCAAUCGUUUCCUGUGUUACACUUGUAACUAUUUGCUUCAUCUUUUCCCUUUGCUGGUUUAUAUCAACGUUGCUGGCUGAUUCUCUUUUGGAUAAUUCUAGUAGAGUUUCAAUCUUCUGUUGAUAUUCCUCAGCAAUUUUUUGGUCCCUACUCCGUUUCUGACUAUUGUACUAUUUUGCUCUUUUAUUUUGUUUAUUGUGAAUGUUACAAAUUCUUUGCUUAUAUUUGAUUCUAACAAGCAUGUGGUCUGAGUCUAUGUCCGCCCCUCUACAACUUUUCACAUCUGAUAUGUCUGAGCCAUGCCUCCGGUCGAUAAGUACGUGGUCUAUUUGAUUACGGGUAAAUCCAUCUGGAGAUAUCCAUGUCGCUUUAUGUAUUUGUUUAUGUUGAAAUACUGUGCUACUGAUUAUCAUUCCUUUUCCAGAAGCGAAGUUUAUAAGACGUGUUCCGUUGUCAUUGCUCUCAUCAUGCAUACUUUCCUUUCCGAUUGUUGGUCUGUAGACUAGUUCUUUCCCAAUUUUCGCAUUGAAAUCACCAAGGACUAUUUUGAUAUCAUAGCGUGGAGCCUCAUCAAAUACUCUUUCCAGUGUUUCGUAGAAAGUUUCCUUCAUGCUUUCAUCUGUAUCUUCCGUUGGAGCAUGUGCGCAGAUUAACGUAAUAUUAAACAUGUUUCCUCUAAUCCUUGUGGAGCAUAAUCUUUCACUCAUUGGUUUAAACCCAAUGACUGCAUUUAGUGUCUCUCUUUUGACUGCAAAGCCUGUUCCUAAGGUAUUCGUGUUGUUUCCAUUGUAGAAUAUUGUAUAUUCCUCUGAGUCUUUCCAUCUAAUCUCCUGUAGUGCGGCAAUCACGAUUCUGUAUCUAAGCAAUUCAUCACUGAGGCGGGCCAAGGUACCUGCUCUGUAUAAACUGAGUACAUUCCAAGUCGCUAUCCAUAUGUCAUGUUUGUGGUCAGGCAUGGGUCGAAAUCCAUAAAUAUCAGUCCGUUUUUCUGAAUGUGGUUUUACUUUCGUACUUUGCUUUUUUUACGUGACAGGGUCGUCAGCCCUGCGCACAACCGUCUGGGGAGAUGCCCCUUGCAGCUCUCAGGGUAACUGCCUUUGUAUAGGGUCGGGUCCCUAGCCUUUGUGGAUCCCUCCACUUCCUACAAGGCAGUAGGUACUGAUUUUGUUCCGCCCUGGGUAUUUUAUUUCCCUGGGUAUUUUAUUUCCCCGGUACCCUCCAUAUCUGGUGGGCUUUCCCCAUCCGCCACCUGGAGAGGCGCUCAAUGGAAGAUCAGUAUCUCCUCACGAGACACCUUCACCUUGCUUAGCCUUUAUUCAGUUUUCAAGAGUAUUUGCUAUUUAUUGACCAGGUUAUGUCAAUAAUAUUAAAAAGUUACUAGUGUUCUUAAAACUUGAAUUCUAUUUUAAAAUGCAAAAAAUUAAAAAACCUACAACAGGGGAACUCUGAUGGCCAAAAAACAAGCAAAGUUUCAUAUACCUUUGACAAUAAAAGGGUUGACGGAUCAAAAGAAAAAUUGGGGGUAGAUUGGUAAGCAAAUAUAUUUGCUAAUUUAUUUAUUUAUAUUUCUGGGGCUAAUGUCCCAUAUUCUUUACCAGAUCUCUCAAAUUCAUUACCCUUAAAUUUUAGCCUGAUAGACAAAAAUUAGUUACAUUGCAAACAGUAAAACAUAUUGCUCUAAUCUCGCAUUAUCUUGCUAAAAGAAACAACUAAUAAUUAUACCUAUUUAUUUUUCUUUGUUUCUAUAAUUUUUUUCUUUCUUGUUAGAGUAAUGUAUGUUAAUAUUAGCAGAUUUGUUUGUCUUCCUAGCUGUAAUGAUAAUGUUUAUUUUAUUUUAAAAAAUUGUAAUAUCUAGUUGUAUAUUUCAAUUUCUAGAAGUUCCUUUAACAAAUAAUUCCAUAUAUAUAUUUAAAACAAUUUUUUAUUUAUUCAGUGCUUUUUUUUUAAUAACAGAUAAAGGAAUACAUUAAUAAUGUUUACUAGUACAUCAAAUUGACUGCCUUAUUUAACAGAUUAUUUUAAUAAUAUUCACAAGAUUACAUUCUUAGGUUUUUAGUUGCCUAACGGUUGCACUUUUUUCUACAUACAUUAAGAAAUAGAGCUCUUGUUUACUUUUAUUUGUAAAGCAUUAACUGUACAUUAAGGAUAUAACUCAGAAAAAUUUCCAAGAAUACAAAGUGGCUUUUUAUCAUCUGCUGGCCUUAAAUUUUUAAUGUUUAAAUUGUUUAAAACAGAGCACAUAGAAAAUAAUAACCAGAUAUCAUCACAUCUCGAUUCGAUCAGUAACAUUCCAAGGCCAUCAAUUAUCAAUCACCCUAAAGAAUGUAUAUUGUUUAUAUUGCAGUGGCCACACAUUUAAAACACCCAGGCAGCACAGUUUAUAGUCUGCCUCCCACUUAUCUCAAAAAGGCAGAGUCUGCUUAUGGAGGCAGCACAAGAGUGUUGAAAAUAACAGAUGACCUUAGGGGACGCUACCCUCACAAACGCACUCAGUCUGAGAUCGCAUUUGGCUCCUCUGGAAGACCACGAUCAACGAAAGGAACACUGCCAAGUGAGUGAUUUUUGUGGCAGGAGAGUUCAUUCAAAAUACUUACUGUAUUUUCCGGCAUAUAAGACGAUUUUUUAAACCAUGACAAUCUUUUCAGGGGGGGGUGGCAUCUUAUACGCCGGGGUUCGUCUUAUAAGCUGGUAUGCGGUGUGCUUAGACUUCAGGGACAGGCGCCCUGUAGUUCCAGUUUGCUUGACAGCUUAGUAAACUAACAGCAUGGCAGCUCCCAUGGGUUUAUUGUCUCAUCACUUCCUUUCAGUUUUUUUAUUUUUAUUAGGUGUGCGUUGGAAGAGGGGUAGUCUUAUACGAUGAGUAGUCUUAUACGAUGAGUAGUCUUAUACGAUGAGUAGUCUUAUACGAUGAGUAGUCUUAUACGAUGAGUAGUCUUAUACGAUGAGUAUAGCCCAAACCCUAUAUUAAAACGGGAAAAGUAAGGGUCGUUUUAUACACCCAGUCGUCUUAUACGCCGGUAAUUACUCCACUCAUGUUUUCAAGUGCCUUUGCUUUCAUACUAUUUUGUAUCGUAUUGUCUUUCUAAUCUAAGAUGACUCAGACUUGAUCUCAAGAAUAAACCUCAGUUUCACUCACUUGCUUUAUGACACUUAAAAAUAAUGUUUAAGAGAAUAGUAAUUACUCCUUUUGUUUUUAAAACUAGAAAUAGAUUUUACAUUAAAGCAUCCCAUAAGAUUUUAUAUUUAACUGAUUUUUUAAACAAAAAAUGUUUUCUUCCAGGGUCAAGGUCACAGACCAACUUAGGAGCUUUGUAAAGACUUCAAAACUUUGGAAAUUUCAACUGCCUUAUGAAACCAACCCAAAUCUACCCUCGAACGUACAAAGUGAUCUUAAAGAAUUGUGAAAUUAUUUAGCAUGUAAAAAUACUUGUUUACAUUUGUCUGUAGCAAGUUAAUAGAUCAUUUUAUUUAAAUGUAAGCAAACUUUUGUGAAAUGGGUCUUGAUAAAAAUGAAUCUAUAUUGUGCAUCUUUAACAUUUUAACCCCAAAAAGCAUUAAUAAAAUAAAAAGAUGUUGAUUUUAAAUAUUAUUUUUAUAGAAAAUAAAUGAAGUUUUUGUGAUAUCUCAUAAAAAUUUUUAACAAAAUUGAAAACGAAAACAUUCCUACCAAUUAUGUAGUGAAAAAAUUCCUGAGAAUUAUGGUCUACUCUAAAGUUACAGUGCAACAUUCUGCCUUUAACAUGAUGGAAAAAUAAAAAUGUAUUACAAACUCAACACAUCUUUCCUUAAGUAUUUUUCAUCUGCUAAUAUUUCUACUAAUUUUUUUUUAUGACGUCUUGUAGCUAUUAAUAAAACAGAAGUGUACCCGGUACUGACAUUUUUUUUUUUUUCCAAAGUGAUUGAUAUUUAAAUGUAAAUUGUGCUGUAUAUGUUAGGUACAGGUGUAUAAUUUAUUUGGCUUUUAAAAUAAGGUAUUUGUACUAAUUAUCUCUUUGAUGAGCUUUGAGGAGGGGAAAAAAGGGUUAUUUUACUCAAGUAACUUUUCCAUUAAUUUAAAUCUUGUUCCAGUUCUAUCAGCCUUGCAACCGUAUGCAAAUGUAAAGGUAUCAAUUGCUAGAUUAUCCAGUGUUAAUUUUUAUAGCCCGUAAUGUUGGAUAAACAUAGCCAUUUGUUACCAAUUAUUUAUAUAUUGGAAAUGGAUGUUUUGUUUCCUGAAUAGAAGUGUAUUACAACCUAAAUGUUUAUCUCACUCCUAUAACUCUGAGACAAAUAGAAUUUCAUUUUAUUACUAUGUGUAAGCUGUGUUCUCUUAUUUCCUUGUGAUGAAAGGUACAUUUAUUCUUUGAUUUAAAACGGAGUAGCAGAUCUUCAUUGAAGAGAACCAUUCGAACAUAAUCAUAAUUAUAAACGUAUGCAGCAUCAAAAUGACAAAUUAAAAUUAAACAAGUGUACUUGACAUUUCUGACUGCUGUUCAUUCUUUACAAAUAUUCCUACCAAAUAAAUGUAAUAAAAUAAAAGCUAGAUUCCCUAUAAAUUGGUUUAAUAAGUAACUUAAUAUUUACAUCCUUUCAUUUUGUGCAUAAAUAUUGUUUUGUCUUGACUUAGGAAAUUAGUGUGAUAACUACAGUGCAUGGAACAAUUAAAAUCAAACACACAAAAAUUGCAUCAAGCUUUUGAUCUCUUAAUGUGCUGCCGGAUUUUAGAUUAAUUUGCAGGUACAUUUGUUAUAAAGCCAUUGUUAUAUCGACAAUGUAUUCGCUAUUGUAUGAUCAUUACAAAUGACUUGAUGUCAGAAAGAAUUCAUUACACUUUUUGUUUGUGCUGAAAAUAUAACCACUAUUUCUGCAUGGUCUGAUCACAAAUAUGUAUCCCUUAUACAAAGCUUAAGACUCCACACCAUUAAUGAAUUGUCUUAAUAUAAAAAGAAGUGAAACCUCCUUUAUUCUUACAAGAUUAAAUGUUGUUACUUUGCCUGCCUUGAUUAUGGUUGGCAUUGCUUUAUGACUGUUCUUUUCCAAACGAAUGUUAUUCAUAUAUUUUUUAAUCAGCAAUUACAUUUUUACUCUUAAAACAUUACCCAAUCAUGUUUCUAACUGCAUGUUGUAUGUAAGCUGUUAAGAAUUUGAUCAAAUAUUAAAUUAUUUUAAAUUAGUUAACACUGUGAUGAGAAAUCUUAUCCCACAACAAAAAAAAAGAGUGUGAAACCCACAUUUAAGAACUCCACAGUUCUAGAAAAUUUAAUUUAAGGUUGUAAUUUCUAUGGCCCCGUGACCAUCAAGCCCUUAUGCACUCACAUUACUUGGCUAGGUCCAUUGGGAUGACUACACUUCACAGCCUGAACAAACAUUUUAUUUCAAAUCAAUCACAGUGCAAACUGCCCUUUUAAAAAAAAAAUUAAUUUCUCUAAAAACUGCUUUAGUGGUGUAAAAAAAUUGACGUAUCAUUAGAUCUAUUUAAGCAUUAAAAAUAAUUUUAAAUAUCAACUUUCUUUCUUUAAUGAUGCUGUGCUAUUUUGUGUUAUUCUACUUAAUAAAAAUUACUUAAUAUUAUAAAUCCCUAACAACAAAAGAUCAAAUAAGUACCUUUAGUAGCAAAUUACUUUGGCACCUGUAAUUAGAUUUUUUAUAUGAUAAAGUUGAAAGGAAAACUGUUCAUGAAUCAGCAUAGAAAUGUGGUAAUAGUUUGUAAAUGAACUACUGAUUUUGUUAAAAUUAAAGAAGUAAGCAAAUGUAUUUCUUAACUUUUUUUAAUAUUGUGUGCUCCAUCUCAUUACCUCACACACAUUCCCCCACCUUUGAUUAUUUUAAUUAUUUUGAAAUGUAUCACAUCUCAUGAGUAAGCAUUCACUUGGAAAAUUUAAAAAAAAAUAAUGUAACAUCUAGUUUGGAAUAUGAAAUGCAAGAUUAAAAAUUGCUCUCUAUUUUACUUGAAUUAUUUAUGUAUAUAAAUGCCUUGCUAAGAUUGAUGCUCAUUAUUUAUGUUAUUUUAAUACAUAUUAUUUCCAUUGUAAUAUGGAUGUCAUCAAGUUGUAUACUAAAAGUAUUUAUAUCUUAUCUUUGGGAAGAAGUUGUCCUUUUUGAGUAGCAAUGCAAAUAUUUGCAUAGUCUAAAUAUUAUUUGAUGAAAAUAUAUUUUUUAGAAAAAUUUCAUAUUACAGUAUGUGCUCAAGUUUAUUAUAAAAAAAAAUUUCUCACACAUUCCAAAGCUGUAACAAUGACUAGAAGGAAAAAAACGUAUAUCACUAUUAAAUUUCACUUUUUUUAUCUUUGGUUUCUUCAUUUUGCCUGCUAAAUAUUCAUGUUUAUUAAUAUUAGUCGAAAUUUAAAAUAGUCUCUACUAACUUUGAAUAGCUCUGCUGGGUAACUGCCUGUUGUACAAAAAUUUGUAUUGACCUUUUAUAAGUACAAUUCACCAACCAAUCUUUGGACUUUUUAUUCUCGGAUACUAAACCACUUGAUCAUGCACCAAAAAACUGUUGGGGAAUUUUAAAAAAAAAAUCUUCUUUACUGAUCAGAAUAAAAUAAUUGAAAUGAAAAAUUGCAAAC